CUGAUUGAAACUCAGGAGCUAUGAGUUUCCAAAGACGCUCCUUUCCGAAUGUCUUGGCUGGAGUUCGACCGGGCACAGUGCCUACAACUUCCACUGGCAUUCCUCAACUUGAUCCUCUAUUAGGAGGCGGUAUUCCUUUAGGAUCAACUCUACUUCUCGCCGAGGAUACUCACAAUGUAUACGGGCGCCAUUUAAUGAAAGCUUUUGUAGCUGAAGGCAUUGCCCACGGACAGAGAAUAUUUGUUAUUAAUGGGGAAUCAACCCUGAGGUUUGAAGAGUUACCGCGCAAAGUCGCCUACGAGCGAUCCAAUGCUAAGCCACAAGGCAUUACGGACAAGAUGAAGAUUGCCUUUCGUUACGAGCGUUUACUUGAAGUCGAAAGCCUUCCAGAAGCUGAGACAAACCAUGUAUUUGAUUAUGGCCUACCUAUCCGGCCCGAGGAAUUAGAGGGAGCCGAUGUUCAUUCCUGUAACGCGGUCACGAAAACACCAGCAGAAAUUUUAUGUUUAGUGGCUUCAAACAUAUCAAAAGGCAAAGUUCUCCGGGUAGCCGUAACCGUUGGGUUGCUCGUAGACCAUAAGUUCCUGCGUAGCCUUAGGGUCUUGGCGCGUAAUGAGAACGUCGUGUGUUGGGUGUCGGUGCCAGCUUGUCUAGACGACGAUUCUUUUCGUCGGCUUUUUGCAAUGGCAGACUGCGCUAUCUCGCUGGUGGCUUUUUCAAGCGCUGAACGACAAACCAAUCCGUUAUAUAAAAACUAUCACGGACUACUUUCCUUAGAUAAGUUCGCGGAAAUCAAUUCAGUAACUAGCCACCGGCCUGAGUCGACAGAGUACAUUUUCCACCAGACUGGGCGACGUUUCGCCAUUGAACGACUUCAUAUGCCUCCCGAUUUGGGGAGCCCUGGUGGUCCAGCUCCGGCUCUAACGAUGAGUUGCCAGACAUCUGGUGGCAGCAAAGCACUUGAUUUCUAAAUAAAUAAGA